CAGUGGUGUUUUGGGGUGGAAGGAUGGGAAGAUGCAUUUUGUAAUGGCUGAAACUCCCAAGGAUUGGUAUUUUCUGCUCUGCGAUGUGCUCAAGGUCACUGCCGGGGCAGAGGGUGUGGCACAGCACCCCUGGGCCAGGGGGAUGUACCUGUGUGCAGGGUGGUGACACGUGGGAGGGGAGGGAUGUGCCAGCCCUGACCUGGCUCUGGCUCCUGCCUGUGACCCCCAGCAGCUCACACAAUCCUUUAGGUUAGAAAAGCCUCCAAAAUCAUUGAGGCCAACCAUUGAACUGGAGGCCCAAAGCAUCCAGACCUCCCCCCGGACUCACUCCACAGCCGUGCUGGCAAAUGGGCAAAUUCUGCAGCAGUGGGACCCCCGGCAGGGACCAUCCUCCCCGGGGCUGUGCCAUCCCUGGGGACACGGCCCUUCCAGCCCGGAGCACAGCGUGGGUGUGCCGGGCUGUGCAAACAGCUCACAUGCCGAAGGGGAUUUUUUACACCCAUUCCUUCGCCACAUUCAAUUUUCACGCCCCGCCGGUGGCAGCGGGGAGGUUUCCGGCAGCCGAAGGUGGGAGGGAGGGUGCUUCUCCCCAAACAAAAGGGCCCUUGUCCCGCCGCGGGGGACAGGAGGGUCGCGGGCGGCAGCGCUGAUGUGGCAGCGGCAGGGACGGGAGCAGCGCUGCCCGCGGGAUGAGCGGGCGCUCCCCGUGUGCCCCGGGGAGCCCCGGCGGCGGCGGGGCCGGGCCGUGACGUGGCAACUUCCGAGGUCACCCCACUGAGCCAUGAAUGCCUCAGUGCCCGGCAGCCAGCUGAGACAGCCCGAGCCCCAGGACGUGGCCGCCUUCACUCCCGUCUCCAUCAUCAAGAGCGUCACCAAGAAAUCGGACGCGCUGCCCGUGAUCUCGGUGAUCGUCGUCCUCUUCGUGCUGCUGGCCGUGUUCAUCGUGCUGGUGGUGCACUACGGCCCCCAGCUGCGCACGGUGCAGGUCACGCUGCAGCACGAGCCCAUGGCCCAGCACAUGGACAGCGUGCUCCUCACGGACUGGAGGCGCCUGGAUGCCCACGGGAAGAUGGGCUCGGCUGGAGUGACCUGCCACUGCUCCUGCAACCACCACCUUCCCCACGGGAGUGCUGAGCCCAAUGUCAUCGAGAUCACCUACCUGUGACAGGGCCCGGGGUCACCUGGGCAGGGCUCGAGGGAUGUGCCCCACUGGAAAAGCUGGGAUGGGAUGGUCGUGUAUCCUGGGACUCGCCGCUGCCUACACACAGAGGCUGCGUCUCCCCAGACCUGUGUCUGGCCCCAGGAAUGCUCAGCCAGGAGGUUCUGGACCCAUCUCAAGCCCCCAGAAGUCCAGCCCAGGGGUGUCACUGUCCCCACACAGGAGCUGGGUCCCAGCCUGGGCUCUGGGGCUGGCUCCGCCUGUGUGGGACAGCUUUAGCAUCUCUUCUGCUUUUACCUGCCCUGGUUUUACCUGUCCCACACUGCCUGGCAGUGGCCAGCAGAGCUGCCUUGGUCCGUGCCCCAGCUGGAGAGCUCUGGGGCUGUGCUUGGUCCCCUGGCAGUAGCUGGAAGUUGCAUCAUCUGGAAUUGUUUUCCAGUGAAAGAUGUUUCCACACUCACGAUGAUGUCCUCAUUACACUGUUUAUAUGGCACAGAACAGCUUCCAGCCCCUCUUUGCCUCAUGCCACAGCCCCUUUUCCCACACUGGGGGGCUGGAACAUGGUCCUGCCCCUGCCAGCCCCCCCCAGCCCCUCGGGCAGACAGCCAGAGGAGAGGAGGGCAGAGGAUGCAGCCUCUGAUUCUGUGUUGGGUGGAGCCAGUACACGUGUCCUGUUCUCAGUGGAGGUGGGUGAGAGAAGAGCGGUGACACAGCAGAGGCAAGAGGUGAUAAUGGCACAUCACAGCUGGCUGAACAUCUGUAGGUGCUGGCACCAGAGGGGAAGCUCAGGUGACUCUGGGCAGAGCCUGCAGCAUCUCUGUGCAAAGGGAUGGGGAGUCUUGAGGUCACCCUCACUGUGGUCACCCUCACUGUGGUCAUCUCUCUGUCCCCAUCCCUGAGCGCUGUCCCAAGGAAGGAGAGAUGGUGUGGUUGGCAUUGUCACCCUCAGUGGGGUGAUGCUGAGGGGCUCUGUCACCCUGGGGAGAACCUUGUUGAGGUGGCACAGAGGGAUCAGGAGAGGUGAAACCGGAGCCCCGCAGGCUCCUGGGCCUGCCGGAGCAUGGUCCCUGUUCAGCCCCGCGGUCGCUGCUGCUGGAGGCACCGGCAUCUCUGCAGUCCCAGAAGUCAGGAUACAGCUUCCACCUCUCCCACGCUGGAAAAGCCAGGUCUGUGUCUGCUCUCAGACCCCUGGCACAGAUCCCUGGACAAGAGAUGGGCUUUACCUGUUCCUCCAGGUGCUGGAGGUAUUCCCAACAUGCCAGAUGCUCCAGGAUCCCUCCUCUCACCUAUUUCCAGCCCUUCUUUUGCUUUAAAGCUGGACUUGCAGGAAACUUUUUGUCUCCACAAAAAAUCAUAAUUUAUAUUUCUUUUUGGGAGAGUUGUUUUCGGUUUGAAUUUGUUCCCAUUUGUUUUCCAGGGCUGAUAGGGCAUUAUCAGCUCUCUCACAUCCGUGUUAGAGGAGAUAAGGGCUGUCAUUGAAAAUCGUGGAGUUCUGCUCCCCUUUCCAUGUCAAAAGAGGGCUUUGUUUGCAAUGUGUACAUCCCUAACAGCACCCCUGAGGAGAUAAUCACCUCUAGGGACUUCUCCUAAUUAGAAAUCCUCUCUGUGAGUGUGGGCAGGCCCUGGCACAGGGUGCCCAGAGCAGCUGGCUGCCCCUGGAUCCCUGGCAGUGUCCAAGGCCAGGCUGGACAGGGCUUGGAGCAGCCUGGGGCAGUGGAAAGUGUCCCUGCCAUGGCAGGGGUAGCACUGGAUGGGAUUGAAGGUCCUUUCCAACCAAAAGCAUUCCAUGAUCUCUUUAAAUGACAUCUGUGGGUUGUGGUCACCCCCACCAAGCACUGGAGACCAUCACACUGGAUGGUCCACUGGAUGACCCCUUGUGACCAUCACAAGAUCUGCACUGUGACACCCAGAGAGGCUACACCGUCCUCCUGGGGACAUCAGCCAGUGUCACCUGCCCAGGCUGAGGCAGCAGAGUCAUCCCCAGCUUUGGUGGCUGUGUCAUUCCUGCUCAGGGAGCAGCUCCAUCCAGCACAAAGCCUUUAAUUAGAGGAACAGGAGCUUUCCUGGCAGCUCCCUCUGAAGGACACCCACAGCAGGGAAACGUCAUGUUUAGAGAGAGAAGAUUAAAAACGUCUAAAUAUUAAUAAAGAGAAAGACAAAAUGGGUAAUUAUUGCUGGCACUUAUUGAUUUGCAGCCGCUGGGGACUCGUAAAGGUCUGAUUGAUGUCACAGCGUGCCAGGGCCUGGAUCCAUCUCUUACCCUGUGCAGCACAGGGAGCCCACCCUGGGCUGGUGUUCAGGUGUUUUGGGUUGUCAAACUAAAAUCAAAUCAAAGUGGCAGUGGAAGGUGGUGCUGCUGUGCGCCCCCUGCCCCCAUCCUGUCAGCAGCCCCCUGCACUCUGGGAAGAUCCAGCUCCGAAGCCACAGCCUUGGGGAGUUCUUCCAUGUGUUUCAUUUGCAAACAGAAAUUUAGAUACAAGCUUUUGGAGCACAGGAAAGAAAUUACUGUAAGACUUAGAAUAGCAAAUUAAAUCAUACAAGCGAGCAACAAUAUGCUGCCAGCUUUCUCCUCCAGAAGGACAUCAAGGGUUAGAUCUCAUCUCAUUGCUUUCUCCCACACAAUAAAACAUUAUUUUUACAGCUUUUCCUCAUUUCUCUUUGGCCAGCUCUCCCUCUUUCUGCUCACAGAAUUGCUUUUUGUAGCAUUGGGCUUUAUAAAACACGUCAGGGUCCUGGAGCAGCAGAGCCGUGCAUGACAUUACCAUAACAUUAUUCCUGUCUAUUCAAACACCCAGCCUGGCCCAAUUUACUUCACUUACAACUUUCUUCCCCUCCUUAAUAAUAAUCCUUUUAUGAGCACAGAGCAACAAUAACUCUCCUUAUCGUCCCCUCU